GGAUAAAUUGUACAGAAAUGAGCUUGCUUUUAUUUAUUGAGGAAAACUGGAUCCUCAGAUGGAAGCCAUUUUGAAUUUAAGCACUGCCGCUGGAAAAAUUUUAAUGUGAAUUUUUAUGUAUGUUGACUAUUCCAUCAUCGUGAGAAAAGUCGCCAAAGAAAGAAUUACAUUUAGUUUUAAAGGAAAAUGCGAAAUUUCGUUUACUGCCAUUUGGUGUUAAAUUUUUUUCCUUGUCAACUAUGUGUUAUAGGUUAACCGUAACUUACUUAUUCUAAUGAGAAAAACUGGUGAUUUGUAAGACAUUAUUCUCCUCGCAUAUGAAAGUACUUUAACUUGUCUUCUGAACAACGUGCUUCGAUGUAAUCACAAGAAAGGUUAUUUAUUUUAUAUUUUCAAGACAAAACCACGUGGAAUUUUUAAUUGAGCAAUUGUGAAGAUACUUUACCACCAGUUUUCCAUUCUAACAAUUACAGCGAUAAGAUUGAACUGGUACUAAAGAAACACGUGAUUUAUUGUCUUGAUAUAAAACCUCAGCUAGAACCUUGAACGACUCUGGAAAUAUUAAUCUUAUAAGUUUUAAUCUUAUUACAAUGAGCUUAUUUAGUUGCAAAAAACAAGCAUGUGUAUUCUUGCUUGUUUGUGUUGUGUCGAGUGUUUUUGUAGAGUGUAGCAGAUACACCAAGGAUGUUAGUCACUCUUGUAUAGGGGAAUUUUGUGUGGCAAAAAGUGCGUUUGAUGAACCGUGUAUGGACUAUCGCAAAGUUACUAAAAACAUUGAACGCGACAUAGAUAAUGAAGAGGAGGAAGAUCACGACUUUAUCGACUAUCCAAAGGAAGGUUUAUUUCGUUGGGAUCCUGUUGAGAUUGGUCACAAGCGUGAGUUGGAACUAGAGGCUGACAAGUUUUAUUCAAUGAUCACACGAGCGAUGGAACCUCCAAUAUUCGAAAUUCCUGGGUUUCUCUCCGAUGAAGAAUGUGACGGCAUCAUUGAUCGUACAAGAAAACAGGGUUUAUUUAACAGUGAUGUUCAUGUUGAUCCAGAUGCGAGGGAACAAGAGAAGAAAAUCAAGCGAUUGAUAGGUCAUGCUGACUCACCUGCUGGCAAUUUUCUUGUUUGGGAUGACAAUCGAGAUGGUGUGAUUUCAAAAGAUGAGUUGAAGAGUUUUGCAGCUGAAAGUAAAUUUUUAUAUAUGAGCGAUGAGGAAGUCGAUGAAAUGAUAGAAAAAAUGGAACUGACAGAGUUUGAUGACGGAAUAGUUACCAUAGAGGAAUUUAAGACUUUGAGGACUGCCGCUAUGGAGAAAUAUUUCUUAGAAAUGAAGAAGACACAUCCGAAGCAUCGUGAUCGAUACAGUCAACAAACAUGGCUACCACAGAGAGGGAAUUACGACAAAUUACUCAGACAGAUCAGACAAAGGGUAGCGAACUUGACAAAACUUCCUAUGAGUAUUAUAAAGGGCGGAGAGCAUUUGCAGGUUGUUCAUUACAAUAUCAACGGUCACUACCAUGCUCAUUAUGAUUCACAAUCAAAUGUUCAAUUCCCUCAGUAUAAAUGCUGUCAUCAGAAUCUUGACAAACUGCCCGAAUGCAGGCUGUGUAGAUACAUCACUAUUUUGUAUUACUUAAAUCAACCGGAAAUUGGAGGAGAGACCGCAUUUGUUGCUGCUGAUGUUGAUGAUUUUAAUGAAACGGAAUUCCGGAAGCGCGAAAAAGGCGAUCAUUAUAAUCUCAGUAAAUUUUGUCACCAAGCAACUCUUGUCAUUCCUCCUAAACGAGGUACAGCAAUCAUGUGGUACAAUCAUCAUUUAAGUGCUUCCGGUUGGCUCGGGGACCUCGACUGGAAAACCUUGCACGGGGGGUGUGAUAUACUUAAGGGAGAAAAGUGGCUUGCAAACAAUUGGUUGACAGCUCCUAAUGAAGGUGAGAAACAUAUACGAAGUAAUUAUUACAUCAAGGAACUUGAAGAACUUCAUGAUGACAGCGUAUAUUAAGACAGUAUUAUUGAGAGUAUGUCUAGAGGUUUGAUAGCAAUAAGUGGGGAAAACUAUGUAUUGUUUUAUAUGGAUUUUUCUUUCGUGGAACAAAUUGUAAUUUCUUAUUUAAGUAUUUCUUGGGUUGGGACAAUUUUUAAUUGAUGCCAUCAAUAUCAAUUGUUAACUAUAUCAAUUUAAAAUAUAGUUAAAUUGAGCUAGAAUAUGACUUGUCGUAUCUUUGAUUGAAAUGGAAUGAAAUAUCGAAGUCAAUUAAAAUAUAAUUAAAUUGAGCUAGAAUAUGACUUGUCGUAUCUUUGAUUGAAAUAGAAUGAAAUAUCGAAGUCAAUUAAAAUAUAAUUAAAUUGAGCUAGAAUAUGACUUGUCGUAUCUUUGAUUGAAAUGGAAUGAAAUAUCGAAGUCAAUUAAAAUAUAAUUAAAUAGAGCUAGAAUAUGACUUGUCGUAUCUUUGGUUGAAAUAGAAUGAAAUAUCGAAGUCAAUUAAAAUAUAAUUAAAUUGAGCUAGAAUAUGACUUGUCGUUUCUUUGAUUUAAAUAGAAUGAAAUAUCGAAGUCAUCUUAAAUUUUAUUGAACUAUAAUCUUUAACUUAUAAAAAAAUAUCGGAGCUAUGUCAAAUUAGAAUGAACUAUAUUCUUUAACGUAUAAUGUUUUGUAACUAACAAUAAACUAUAAAUUCAUUAAAAUUUUGUAUUGUUAUUCUA